ACAGAAGACUUGCAGGCUCACUGACUUGCAGGAAAAUAUCUACUUUGAGCCUGUCCAGUAUUGCUUAAAUUGUUGUUUCCCUUACCAACUGUUCAUGCAAAAGACGUGAGGAAUGCCAUAAAAAGUGCUGUGGGGAAAUGGAAGGAGGGAGUAAAAGAGAGAAGGGAUUUAAAAGCCGAUUAGCUGCUUUAUAGUAAAACCCAGAGAAAGUGAGCACUUACAGGAAUGUGGGUUUUAUCCCUCCAAGAAUUCUAGUUAGCCCACCAGGAAUUAACCUUGACCCUUUUACUGUAAUUAGGCCCCUGGGCGCAAUGACCCUUCCAGAGAACAUUCAGAGACUUUUAGUUUGUUUAGACAUCUGGUGGGGGUGGAACUUCCUGUUUGUUCAGAGAGCAACAAAAAGCCUCAUUGCUCUGAGGAAGGCUUGAGACCAGACCAACUACAGGGAGUCAGGCACAAUACAGUCUGGCCUCCUCAGGUCCCUUCUCCCAGCAGCAUGGAGAAGAACAAACUCCAUCCAAGUCUUAUUGUCCUUUUCCUGGUCUUCCUGCCUGCAGAUGCCUCAGUUUCUGGACAACCGCAGUAUAUGGCGCUGGUCCCCUCCCUGCUCCACACUGAGACCCCUGAGAAGGCCUGCAUCCUUCUGAGCCACCUCAAUGAGACAGUGACUGUAAGUGUUUCCUUGGAUUCUCUCAGGAAGAAUGAGAGCCUCUUCACUAACCUGGUGGCAGAAAAGGACUUAUUCCGCUGUGUCUCUUUCACUGUCCCAAGAUCUCCAUCCAGUGAAGAGGUAAUGCUUCUUUCUGUCCAAGUGAAAGGAGCAACCCACGAAUUCAGAAGGCAGACCGCAGUGCUGGUUAAAAACCAAGAGAGCCUGGUCUUUGUCCAGACAGACAAACCUAUCUACAAACCAGGACAGACAGUGAAGUUUCGUGUUGUCUCAUUGGAUGAAAAUUUUCACCCCCUGAAUGAGUUGAUUCCACUAGUAUCCAUUGAGGACCCCAAAGGAAAUCGCAUCGCACAAUGGCAGAAGGUCAAGUUAGAGAGUGGCCUCAAGCAAUUGGCCUUUCCCCUCUCAUCAGAGCCAUUUCUGGGCUCCUACAAAGUGCUGGUAAAGAAAGAAUCAGGUGAAACGGCAGAGCACCCCUUCACCGUGCAGGAAUUUGUGCUUCCCAAGUUUGAAGUGCAAGUAACAGUGCCAAAGAUAAUCACUAUCUCGGACGAAGAGGUGAAUGUGUCAGUGUGUGGCCUAUACACGUAUGGAAAGCCAGUCCCAGGACGUGUGACCCUGAGCAUGUGCAGAAAGUAUUAUAAUCCUUCUAACUGUUUUGGUGGAGAGUCACAAGCUCUCUGUGAGAAAUUAAGUCAGAAGCUAAACAGCCAGGGUUGCGUCUCUCAGCAAGUAAAAACCAAGGUCUUCCAGAUGAAGAGAGAAGGUUUGAAAAUGGAACUUGAAGUGGAAGCCAAGAUCAAAGAAGAAGGAACAGAGGUGGAGUUAACUGGAAGAGGGCUCAGUGAAAUAACAAGAACUAUCACCCAACUCUCAUUUGUGAAAGUGGACCCACACUUCAGACAAGGGAUCCCCUUCUUUGGACAGGUGCGCCUCGUGGAUGGGAAAGGUGUCCCCAUGCAAAAUAAACUCAUCCACAUCACAGCAAAUGCCGCUAACUAUGUCUCCAAUGCCACCACGGAUCAGUUUGGCCUAGCGCAGUUCUCCAUCAACACCACCAACGUUAAGGAUUCCUCCCUCUCUGUCAGGGUCAAAUACAAGGAUCAGAGCCACUGUUAUGACCACCAAUGGCUGGCAGAAGAGCACAGAGAUGCUUAUCACACUGCCACUCGUGUGUUCUCUCCCAGCAAGAGCUUUGUCCACCUUGAGACCAUACCUGAUGAACUGCGCUGUGGCCAAACUCAAACCAUCCAAGCACAUUAUGUUCUGAAUGGACAGGUCCUGAAGGAGCUAAGGGAGCUCACGUUCUAUUACCUGAUAAUGGCAAAGGGAGGCAUUGUCCGAACUGGGUUUCAUGUACUGCCUGUGAAGCAGGAAGACAUGAAAGGCCAUUUUCCUGUGUCGGUCCCUGUGGAACCAGACAUCGCUCCAGUUGCUCGAUUGCUCAUCUAUGCCAUUUUACCUGAUGGGGAAGUAGUCGGGGAUUCUGCAAAAUAUGAGGUUGAAAACUGUCUGGCCAACAAGGUGGAUUUGACCUUCAAGCCAGCAGUAAGUCUUCCAGCCUCGCCCGUCCACCUGCGAGUCACAGCUUCUCCUCAGUCGCUCUGUGCCCUCCGUGCAGUGGACCAAAGCGUGCUGCUCAUGAAGCCUGAGGCAGAGCUCUCCCCGUCCUCGGUUUAUAACCUGCUACCAGUAAAGGACCUCACUGGUUUCCCUGGAAGUUUGAAUCAACAGGAGGAAACUAAUGUAGACUGUGUCAGUGACCAGAUCCACAUCAAUGGAAUCAUCUAUUCCCCAAUGUCAAGUACAAACGAAAAAGAUAUGUAUAGCUUCCUACAGGAUAUGGGUUUAAAGGUGUUCACCAACUCAAAGAUUCAUAAACCCAGAGUGUGUUCAUACUAUCAUCCCCAAUCCUUUGGAAGCCCAGGUGUUGCAAGACUAUAUGAGUAUUCAGAAAGAAUGUCAAUGAGAGGCAGCAGUAAUUACGUAUUAGGUGCUUCAGGGCCUGUCCCAGAGCCUGUCACAGAGACCGUGAGAAAAUACUUUCCUGAGACGUGGAUCUGGGACUUGGUGGUAGUAGACUCAUCAGGCGUGGCUGAAGUAGGAGUAACAGUCCCUGAUACCAUCACUGAGUGGAAGGCAGGAGCCUUCUGCCUGUCCGAUGACACUGGAAUUGGCCUCUCUCUUCCCACCACUCUCCGAGCCUUCCAGCCUUUCUUUGUGGAACUCACAAUGCCCUACUCUGUGAUCCGUGGAGAGGCCUUCACACUCAAGGCUACUGUCUUAAACUACCUUCCCAAUUGCAUCCGGGUCAAGGUGCACCUAGAAGCCUCUCCUGCAUUCCUGGCUGUCCCAGGGGAGAAGGAACAAGACUCUCACUGCAUCUGUGGGAAUGGACGUCAAACCGUGACCUGGGCAGUAACUCCAAAGUCAUUAGGUGACAGACAGAUUCCUAAAACUACUCAAUCCUACUCAAAGAUUGUAUGUCAGUGGGAUUCUUAUAUCUACUUCUACUUCCCUCAGGCAAUGACACCCCUUCCCCAGAUGGUAGGAUUUUUUUUGUCUUUUAUUCUAGGAGGUGCUGAGGUGCCUGAUCAAGUAUCUCUGAAGCUGCCACCAAAUGUGGUAGAAGACUCUGCCCGAGCCUCCUUCUCAGUUUUGGGCUUGUUUAUUGAUUCCAAUCAUACUUCUAUCCCUGGAAAAUUUACCUUUCCUAAAAAUCUUCAUUUCUUUACCCCAGCUAACAAUUUAUUUAUUUAUGAUUCUGAUAAGUUAUAA